AUGGAGGGGCGUCUGAGAAAAACCAAUAGGGAAGACAAGCUCUUCACCAUGAACGUGUUUUUCAGCUGCCAUAGCAACAGGGAAACAGAUUUUGGUGUUUACAAUGAAGUAAAACAGAACAACACUACAGCGCAGCACAGUAACAGCAACAGCAACAGCAACAGCAACAGCAACAGUGACAGUGACAGCAACAGUAACAGUGACAGUAACAGUAAUAGUGACAGUAACAGUGACAGUAACAGUAACAGUGACAGUGACAGUAACAGUGACAGUAACAGUGACAGUAACAUUGACAGUAACAGUAACAGUAACAGCGACAGCGACAGUAACAGUGACAGUAACAGCGACAGCGACAGCGACAGCGACAGCAACAGUGACAGUGACAGUAACAGUAACAGUGACAGUAACAGUGACAGCGACAGCAACAGUGACAGUAACAGUGACAGCGACAGUGACAGUGACAGUAACAGUGACAGUAACAGUGACAGUGACAGUGACAGUAACAGUAACAGUGACAGUAACAGUGACAGUAACAGUGACAGCGACAGCGACAGCGACAGCAACAGUGACAGUGACAGUAACAGUAACAGUAACAGUGACAGUAACAUUGACAGUAACAGUAACAGUAACAGCGACAGCGACAGCGACAGCAACAGUGACAGUAACAGUAACAGUGACAGUGACAGUGACAGCGACAGCGACAGCGACAGUAACAGUAACAGUGACAGUUACAGUGACAGUAACAGUAACAGUAACAGUAACAGUGACAGUGACAGCGACAGCGACAGUAACAGUAACAGUAACAGUAACAGUAACAGCGACAGUGACAGUAACAGUAACAGUGACAGUAACAGUGACAGUGACUAAAAUAACAGUGACAGUAGCAGUGACAGUGACAGUGACAGUAACAGUGACAGUAACAGUAACAGUGACAAUGACAGUGACAGUAACAGUGACUGUGACAGUAACAGUGACAGUAACAGGAGCAGUAGCAGCAACAGUGACCGUAACAGUGACAGUGACAGAGACAGUAACAGUAACAGUAACAGUGACAGUGACAGUGACAGUGACAGUAACAGUGACAGUAACAGUGACUGUGACGGUAAAAGUGACAGUAACAGUAACAGUGACAGUAACAGGAGCAGUAGCAGUAACAGUGACAGUGACAGUAGCAGUAGCAGUAACAGUGACAGUAACAGUGACAAUAACAGUGACAGUAACAGUAACAGUGACAGUAACAGUGACAGUGACAGUAGCAGUAGCAGUAACAGUGACAGUGACAAUAACAGUGACAGUGACAGUAGCAGUAGCAGCAACAGUGACAGUGACAGUGACAGUAAUCAUGACAGUCACAGUAACAGUGACAGUGACAGUAGCAGAAGCAGUGGCAGGGACAGUAACAGUAACAGUGACAGUAGCAGUAGCAGUAACAGUGACAGUGACAAUAACAGUGACAGUGACAGUAGCAGUAGCAGUAGCAGCAACAGUGAGAGUGACAGUGACAGUAACCAUGACAGUCACAGUAACAGUGACAGUGACAGUAGCAGAAGCAGUGGCAGGGACAGUAACAGUGAUUGUGACCGUAGAAAAAGCAGUGACAGUGACAGUAACAGUGACUGUGACAGUAACAGUGACAGUAACAGUGACAGUAACGGUGACAGUAACAGUAACAGUAAUAGUAACAGUGACAGUAACAGUGACAGUGACAGUAACAGUGACAGUGACAGUAGCAGUGACAGUGACAAUAACAGUGACAGUGACAGUGACAGUAGCAGAAGCAGUGACAGUAACAGUGACAGUAACAGUAACAGUGACAGUAACAGUAACAGUGACAGUAACAGUAACAGUGACAGUGACGGUGACAGUAACAGUAACAGUAAUAGUAACAGUGACAGUAACAGUGACAGUGACAGUAACAGUGACAGUGACAGUAACAGUGACAGUGACAGUAGCAGUGACAGUAGCAGUGACAGUGACAGUGACAAUAACAGUGACAGUGACAGUAGCAGAAGCAGUGACAGUGACAGUAACAGUGAUUGUGACAGUAACAGUGACAGUGACAGUAACAGUGACAGUGACAGUAGCAGUAGCAGUAACAGUGACAGUGAUAAUAACAGUGAUUGUGACAGUAACAGUGACAGUGACAGUAACAGUGACAGUGACAGUAGCAGUAGCAGUAGCAGUAGCAGUAAAAGUGACAAUGACAAUAACAGUGACAGUGACAGUAGCAGAAGCAGUGACAGUGACAGUGAUUGUGACAGUAACAGUGACAGUGACAGUAACAGUGACAGUGACAGUGACAGUAGCAGUAGCAGUAGCAGUAACAGUGACAGUGACAGUGACAGUAGCAGAAGCAGUGACAGUAACAGUGACAUCCAUCGCUCAUUUGUUGACCUGCCCUCCUUUAUCCAGGGGCCCUUGUGA